AUGGGUCCCCAGAUAUCCUGUGUGCAGAAGUAUGAUGAUAGGACAAAGGCGGCAAGGCGUUUUUCACUCCUCAGAAAAAAAGGAAAAAAAAAGUCUUUCCACCACACGGAGAAAUACCGAAGCAGAAGGAUAGCAGCCACCCUUCUUUUUUUGUGCGCUUAUAACUACUCUCCAUCACUGGCUUCUCAUCACCCGAGAACUCCCCCACUCGGGCCUUGUGUAACCGUCCGACUUCUCGGCAAGUGUGCGUGUGUAUGUGGGUGCGUGGAUGUGCGCGUAUCUCACUAUUCGGGCCUUUCGAUGACGUGGUGUGCUGAAGGCAUCCAGUCUGUUUUCAGCAUAUCAGACAAUGUUUUCGUUCUCCAUCCUCUUCUCCUCCCCCCCCCCCCCAAAUCCUUGUUUUCUUUUCCUUGGAUCCUCCUCGGGGUCCUUUUGUUUCUCUGUCUUGUCUCUGGCUGUCUGGGCCACCUCGUGGUUGCAAAACUUUACCAAAGUGGCAAGAACAGUUGUACUCACGUGUCCGAUGAGCCACCACUGACGAUGUCCGGAUAUGGUAAGUUUUUUUCUUUCGGAGGAAUGGCGGGGCAAGAAAGGUUUCGGAAGUUCCGCUGGUGGGUUCCGGGCCGCGUUUUCGGUUACUCGGUACCAGUGCCGUUGCGGGGUCGAUGUGAACGGCAGAAAGGGAUGGGGCGGACAGCGGGGACGGACAGAUGGGGGCCGGUUCCGGGUUUGGCCACUCCCACCUCCGUGCCCGGAACCGGUUCAGAGACCCUCUUCCGCCGGCUUGAAUGA